AUGCAGGGCACCUGGAUGGUUUGCAAAGCCGAAAACAUUCAGGGGUAUGCGGACUACAAUGCAAAAGAAAAGGUUUUAGUACCAAUCAAGGCAGUCUACGACCCAGAAGCUAAAGAAACCGCUCCGCUUCUUAGCUCUGGCGAAACAACACUGACGGAUAAAUCGCACAUUCUGAAGCGCUGGGCGGAGCCCUUCGAAGGUGUCCUCAACCGCUCAUCCACGAUCUCUGAUGAUACCACCGAACAGUGCCCAGAAAUAGAAACGAACAACGACCUGGACCUUCCGCCUUCAAUCUCAGAAGCAACCGUAGUCGUACACCAGCUGUUCAGUGAGGAACCACCUAGAGCCAACGCGAUCUCGGUCGACGUUUAG